UUCCAGAUCAUCGGUUCGAGGAGAGCUGUGCUCCAAAAAUCUAUAUUUUAUUUAUUUCGAGUACUUGCAUCCGAAACCAUGAGUCUGGACCACACAAAUUGGCUGCUGAGCCGCCUGGCGCACUUCUACUACUCGAUCUACUUCUACGUGUCGCUGUUCUCGCUGGGCUACUGCCUCGUACUGCACCAGGUGCGGAAAAGGAUCUACCAGAUGGACUUGUCCUGGGAGCGGGUCCUAUUGGUCUACGGCUGCACCGGGGCCCUGAUUCUGAUGCUGACCCUGAUAGUGUACUACGCCUGGGUGGCCAUUGGACUGAUUUGGCGGCAGUAUUGCGUACAUAGUCGUGCCUCGAAACGCACUCGAUACCUGUUCCACCUGUACAGGGGGUAGCUGUAGUAGUGAUCGGAUUAAUCCCGAAUUGCUUUCAAUAAAUUAAUCAGUUGGGCACUAAAUGGGCGCUGGUUGCGCGCCAAUAUGCAAAUCGUUUAAUCAAAAUGUAAAUGCAAAUGCGAAAAAUUAAAAUGUUCGCUCGUCAGAAGUCGCGCAAACAGACAUUUUGUAAAUAUUAU